AUGCCUGGUAUUCUACCGAUGAAAGUGAUCAAGGUCGGCGGCACCCAAAGCCGGAUCGCCCAGGCCUGCGACCGAUGCAGAAGCAAGAAGAUUCGCUGCGAUGGCAUUCGCCCGUGCUGUACACAGUGUGCCAACGUUGGAUUCGAGUGUAAAACGAGCGACAAGUUGAGCCGACGUGCGUUCCCCCGUGGAUACACUGAAUCGCUGGAGGAACGUGUGCGCACCUUGGAGGGGGAGGUGAAGGACCUGAAGGAUCUACUGGACGAAAAGGACGAAAAGAUCGACGUUUUAUCACGGAUACACUCUUUUUCCUCGCCAUCCCAACGAGCCGCGUCAAUCCGAUCCCCGUCUACGACCGGGUCGACCAAAUCUCCCACCUCGGACUCUGGAGAAGGAUUGAUUCAUGUUGAGAAAUUCCACAUCCAGAAGAAAGCGUCACAAAAUCCCUAUGCUGCCUUUUCGACCAUCCAGGGUUUUGCUAAUGCCUUUAAUAAUUCCCUUGCCAGCCAAGGAAAAUCUGCAUCCAAUCUUUCUGUCGAUGCCCUCACGAAACUAUCUCCGCCUCUUUCUCAUGGAUCUCCUAACCAGGCCAUCAAAACUCCGCCACGCUUGGUGUCGGAUCAACUCAUCAAUAUCUUCUUCCAGGAAUGGGCGCCACUGUACCCAGUAGUACACCGACCGACCAUUCUAAAAGCUUAUGGAGAAUACUUGAACGGCUCGGACUCCAUGAAACUUGAUGUUCAUGUUAUGGCUCAGUUAAACUUGAUUUUUGGAAUCGCUGCCCUUUCAUCCAGCUCGCGAACCAACCAAGAUCCUGCUUUCUUUGAGCAGAACUGGACUGCCUCGCUCGAUUCGUUUACCAACGAAACCUCUAUCGUAGGCUUGCAGUGCUUUAUUCUGGCCCAGCUUUACUGCAUGACCAAGGGCGAUUAUCGCAGUAUGCUACGCUACCGUGCCGUUGCGGUGGACAUUUGUCACCAGCUGGAACUGCAGCAGAACUCAGCGGAAUUGGCCUGCAACCCACUGGAAGCUGAGACCCGCAAGAAAGUCUUCUGGUGUCAAUACACUGUGGACCGCUUCUGCUCUGCUCUGACUGGCAUGCCUGUUCUCAUCCGCGAAAGCGAUAUUGAGAUCGAGUACCCCGUCGAUAUUGACGAUGAAAAUGUCACCGAGUCCGGCUUUUUGCCAACGCUCCCGGGUGAAUCUACCCGUAUCUCGAGCGCUCUUGCACUCUUUGGUGCUUCGCGUAUCCUGAACAAGGCCUUGGAGGACCUUUAUCCCUUAAAGGCUGGAUACGAUGUCCAUGUCGCUAAACUACGUUCGGUCGCCGGACAGCUUGAUGAAUGGCUUCAUGGCUUGCCUCCCCACCUCCGCCUCGAGUUCAGCCAAGAUAAGCCUAGCACCAAUGUUACGAGUAGCCGGUCUCCCCUGCUGUCUCUUGUCUACUAUUUCAUUCGAUCGUUGAUCCAUCGCCCAGCUGUGUGCUUCGCUGAAGAGCAUAUUCGCUCUCCAUCUGUCCUGGCCAUCUCUGAUUCUGCGAAGCACAUUAUCCAGAUUCUUGAGUUGCUAGAUGAGCGCCGAUUGUGCCUUUCUGUCAGCAUCAACCGCAGAGAGCUGGUGUUCUUCUCUGGUCUAGGCCUUUUGUGGCAAUCUAUGGGCUUGAAGCGCGACAGCAAGUUGGCAAAAGAGAGUCAGAAGCUACUCUGUGCUGUUCUCGAGCAGCUCCAACCGGAAUCGUCAUCUGCAGCCACCGAAUUCAGGACGCUUGCCAGCACCUUGGUCUCGUUGGACAUGAAUGAUCGUAAGCCCGUGACCGCUGUCAAGCAGUCCCAUGAGAUGGGGGCGCCGACCCACAAGCCCCUCCGGUCUCCAAAGAAACACCUACAGUCCCUGAAGGCUCGACUCACCAACAGUGCCAACAAGGACCAAUCUGUUGCACAGGGCUCGCAAUCUCGUCGAAACACUGUUUCUGGCUCCUCGCCCCAACUUUACUCUCAAUCUCUCCGGUCUCCUAGCUGGACAAGUCUUCCUCCGUCCCAACCUGAUCAGACCGCUACCGCGCCAUACCCCACGGAUAGAACACACUCUUCUCUUGAUCUUGGAUCUGACUUGCGACAAUUUUCUUCAUCCAUGGGAUACGACCACCCGCGGGCCCUGUCGUGUUCCACACCUUCUGACGCCACCACUGGCGCCAUCACAAUGGCCGAUUGGGAGUACGUCCUGAGUGACAUGGAUCGCGGCUACUCCAAUAUAUUCACCGGCAUCUAUGGUGGCAGUGAAUGUGGCGAGGACCCCGGCCCAUUCGCCUCAAUCACAGCCGAGUACGGUCGAAAGUCCCAUGAUGCGACACUGAGCAUUCCCGCUCCGCUAUCGACUGACCUGCAUGAUUUGUCACCAGAAGCAUGGUCUGCCAGCAGUGGUGACUACCCUCUGACAAACGAACACACCACGCAAAGCGUACCAAGCUACUCCGGCGAGAGCAUGGGUAGCAACGAGGACACUUUCACCUCCCUGGCUGAUGCCUCGGUGCACCCUGAUGAUAUGAGCCUUCUCGACCCAUUCCAAGGACUCGCUAUGCCUGGCAAGGAUGAGAUUGACGAGUUUGGCCUUAUCAACGGCUGGGACCGACGGCUGGCCGUUUGA